CAUCGACAUCAACAUCUCAACUCAAGAUCAAACAUGUGUAAACACUACAUCACAACAACAAGGUGCCGAGGCUGCGGCCACUGUGUCGACAUCGACUUCCACGAUACCUACUGCGAUGCCUACAAGAAGUCGAAAGACUGUCGCCGAAAAGUCCAGCACGAGCAGAAGGAGGUUGAUGCUUCAAAAUGCGAUGAGUGCAAGCAGAGACGAAAAAAGAGACAAGCUUCAGGUUAGGAGAGCCCAAUGCUAUAGUUCUAGGUCGUCCUCGUGGAAAAUAAGUGAAGCUAUCACGAACUCUUGGACGGUUGACUAGCUCAGCUCAUUAUUUAGUCCAGGG